AUGGCUUUCGUCUCUUAUAAGAGAACCAUCCAGGACGAUUAUGGCAUGCAACUGGCUUGGGAAAAACAAUUUCUGUCAGAUAUUCUAGGUCAAAAAGACAUAAAGCUAGAUAGUUUAGGUGUGGUGGAAAGGAGGCUAAAGAACAAGAAAGUCAUCAUUGUUGAUGAUGUUGAUGAUCUAACGCUACUAGAGACCGUUGUGGGAAAAAGAGACUGGUUCGGGUGUAGGAGCAGAAUUAUUGUGGUCACUCAAGAUAUGCAUAUUCUCAGGUCACAUGAGAUUGAGCUUAUUCAUGAGGUUGAUUUUCCAUCUGAAGAUAUGGCUCUUGAGAUGUUAUGUCGGUAUGCUUUUGGACAAAACUCUCCUCCUGAGGGUUUCAUGGAGCUCGCAGUUUAAGUCACAAAGCUUGCCGGUAAUCUUCCUUUGGGUUUGAAUGUAUUAGGUUCAUCUUUGAGAAGGAAAGACAAGAAGGAGUGGGUGAAGAUGUUGCCUAGGCUUCAAGCAGAUGGGCUGGAUGGUAAAAUUGAGAAAACAUUAAGAAUUAGUUAUGAUGCUUUAGAUAGAAAAGAUCAAGAUCUAUUCAUUCACUGA